AUGGAGAAGCACAGACUGCCCCGGGAACCGAGGGAGGCGGUUCAGAGCUCCAGCUGCGGUGUGGAGGUUGUGGUGGGCAAGACGGGAAGCCACAAGGCCCUAGAGGCACCAGGUACAUUAAAGCAGAUACAUGCGCAUGCGUUAAAACUCGGGUCGCUGAUUGGAGGCCAUGAAUCACGGGGCGGCGUGCACCGGACGGAGAGGGCGUGGUCUGCGGUGCGCAAGCCGCGCUACGAGGCCGUUGGUUGGCCAGCUCGAAUCACGUGGUUCCUGGCCGCAGGAGGCGCGCGCCGGUGCGACGUCAACGCUGCCCACUAA